AUGGUGCAGUUUGACUACAUCUUCUUCACUUACUGCGCUGUAGCUGCUGUCAUACCACCCUCUAUGAUUAUACGAUAUUGCUACAAGACCGAGCAGAGAGAGGAGGCGGCCUAUGAGGCUAUGAUGCAAGCACAUCUUGAUGGCACUGAUGAGGCUGGUAUCAGACGCCGAUGUCGUCAAUGGCUUAGACGUAGUUGCUGUAAGAUUGAUGGUUCGGAACCUACGCUGACUGGCAGGGUCUGUCCCAUAUGUCUCGGUGACUUUACUAUAGGGGAUAAGGUAUGGGUCCUGCCAUGUACUCAUGCUUAUCAUGUACAAUGUCUUGAUAUAAUGCUUAAAGAGAGUAGACCAGAAGAUGGUAAGAUAUUCAGAUGUCCAAUUUGUCGUGUGGAACUGGGUAUUGCUGACCAACUUCAUUCUACUCUUGCCGCAGCUAACCCUACACCUCGUACACGUGGUAUCACUAGUGGUAACCGUUCCGUGGUCGUAACGGGCCAAUUCGCCGACGACGACGACACUCCGAAUAACCACUCCAAUACAGCAUAUGGUCCGGAGGCUUAUGUGAAUGGAAACCCAUAUCACAUUGUAGAUGGUGGUCGUGGUGUUGAUGGACGUGAGAGGAGUAAGACGAGUUGUGUAGCCGUCUUGGCGAGAGGGAGACUCGUCUCGGUACUGUGA